AUGAGCGAGGAUCCAGAGACGGCCGCCGAAGCCGCGGCGCGGGCGGCCGAGGCUCAGCAGCGCGCAGGCGCGCGCGCAGACGCGCAGGCCUGGGAGCAAGCGAAGCAUCAGGUGCUGCUUCUGCAGCAGUCCAAGGCGGCCGCCGAGGGCGCGGGCGGCGACGCGUCGGCGGACGCCGGCCGGGUCUCGGCUCGACUCAGCAACGGGAAGGCCGCGGCGGCCAUCAAGGAGUCCAUCGACGACGGCAACCGCGGCGACUGCGGUCAGGUGUGCGCGGGCCGACGGCAGGGGCAGCAGAACCGCGACGGCUCGAUAUACGUGACCGGGGUGUGCAAGGCGCGUGCGCAAGGCGUGCUCGGCACGAUGCCCACCGCUGAAGCGGAGGAGGCGCUGCUGACGACGCUCGGCGCUGAGGUCGACAUGUGCCUGGAGCUCCCCGCCCUGCAGGACGCUGUCGUCGCGGCGCACUCGGCGCACCGAGCCGGCACAACCACCAUCGCCGGCGGCGGAGGGCAGAUCCGUGUGGUCGGCCGGGCGGUCAGCGCGCUGCGGGAAGUGGAGCGCUUCGAUGCCGCCGCCCAGAGGGGCGAGGUGCCGGCACAAGUCCUGCAGCUUGCCGCCGCAAACAAGGCGGCGGCAGAGCGGCAGAGGACGCGAGCAGAGCUGUGGGAGGAGGUUGGCGGCGCAGCGACUUUGAUGGCGGCGGCGAUGGAGGAGGAGGAGGAGGAGGAGCCCGCCGGCAUGGAGGAGGAGGAGGGCGACGAGGAGCCCCUCGCCGACCCCGACCAACUGGCGGCGGCGGCGGCGGCGGUGGAGGCCGAGGAGGCCGAGGGCAGCGAGGCCGCGGCGGAGGUGGGCGCCGCCAGCCACCCGCGGGCGCCGACCCGCACCCGCUUUGCGCUCGCGCUGCUGGGGCGGCUCUGGCGCGACGCUGGCCUCAUCGGCCCCGCGGCCGAGGUGCGCGAGCGUUUCGGCACGACUCCCUUUUGGCUGCUCCGGCACGUCGGCAUGCGGCUCGCGAUCCAGCGGCGGCGGCUGGCGGCGGAGGCGGUGGCAGGGCUGGACUGCUCCUACCUCCUGCGGCUCGGCAUGCAGGACGUGCUCAUCGGCUACAACGACAAGCUCGACAUCGCGACCGGCAUCCACCCCGCGGGCCGCGUGAUGGGGCGCAUCGGCAUCAUCAACUGCUACCAGUUCGUCUCCUCGCUGCCGCGGGAGGCCGCGGCGGAGGUCGCGGGCGCGGGCGCGGACGACGAGCUGGGCGCGGGCGCGGACGGCAAGCUGCACAAGCUCUUCGAGGAGUACGUUCGCCUCAAGGAGCAGUCGCAGGCGGAGGUGGGGCGCGCCAUCUUCGGCGAGGGCGACGGCUCGGCGCGGCUUCGCAGCGGCCUCAACAAGCACCUGCGCAAGAGGGGCGAGGGGGUUGGUGCGGCGGAUCCGGGGACUUUCACCAUCAUCGCUGGAGCCGGCCUCAAGGGGAAGGGCGGCCUCCUCUUCAAGUGCGAGAUCCAGUCUUUCUUCCAGAGCGACGUCUCGAUGCGGGAGGGCGAGGACGGGCCGAUGAUCCUCGACCUGGACAUCGGGCGUGCUAUGCAUGAGCUUGCCAAGAUGACCGGUGCAUACACGCACCGCGCGGGUGGCGUCGAGCGGCCCAUCGCAGGUCGGAGCGAGCAGGCGCAGCUCAUCGUCGACGCGCUGCGCCGCGCACUGCUCACGGACGCGACGCUGUCUUCGGCAUGCGGCGGCUCGGCAGUGCUGAUGGCGCAGCCGUUUGUACUCGUCGACUCUGCCGGGGAGGUGCAUGGCCGACCUGACAUGGUGGCUUUUGCACUGCAGCAUCCCGCGGUCCUCGCGUACAUCUCCAAGAUCCGCACCAAGGAGGAGGAGUGA